AUAACAUUCCACACUGGGUGAAGUCGGAGGUCGGCCAUGUUUAUCAUCCCGCGGGAUUGUCGUGAUUCCUAAAAUUUACAUCAUCGGCGGUGUCGGCGCCCGAAUUCCCCUCCAAGUCCCCUUCGGGUGUUCGGCAGUUUCCGGAGAUCGCUCGGCUCUUUCCGCCCGGAGAUCGCAGAGAGGCGCUUGGCUGGCAGAAGAUCGGUGCGGUCAUGGCGUCCCCGUCCCGGAGACUGCAAACUAAACCCGUUAUCACUUGUCUGAAGAGCGUCCUCCUCAUCUACACCUUCAUCUUCUGGAUCACCGGCGUCAUCCUGCUCACGGUUGGCGUUUGGGGGAAAGUCAGCCUGGAAGUCUACUUCUCCAUCCUCAACGAAAAUGCCACCAACGUGCCCUAUGUCCUCAUCGGCACUGGAGCCGUCAUUAUCCUCCUGGGCACCUUCGGCUGCUUUGCCACCUGUCGGGCCAGCACCUGGAUGCUGAAACUGUAUGCCAUGUUCUUGUCUAUCAUCUUCCUGAUUGAGCUGAUUGCUGCCAUAGUAGGACUGGUGUUCAGGCAUGAGAUUAGGAGCAGCUUUGAAAAUGGAUACAUGGAGGCUCUGAACCAGUACAACUCCACGGGGGACGAGCAGAGCCGGGCUGUGGACACCAUUCAGAGGACGCUCAUGUGUUGCGGAUCCAAGACGUACAUCGACUGGGGCAAGACCGCGUAUUUCAAGGCGAGCGGCAUCCCGCACAGCUGCUGUAAGGUUCAAGCAAACUGCACGGAUGAUGUGCUGAAAUACAUGGAUAAGGCGAAGGAUGUCGUCUACAAUGAUGGCUGUAUGUCUUUUGUCACCACCAUCAUGGAGUCACGGAUGGGUGUAGUCGCCGGCAUUUCAUUUGGCAUAGCCUGCUUCCAGCUUAUAGGAAUGUUCCUGGCUUGCUGUCUAUCGCGUUACAUUACGAACAACCAGUAUGAGAUGGUGUGAAUCUCAACCAUAUGAUAAGGGAAUUAUUCUGUGAAUCCUCAGAUAUUUAUGAUCACGCCGACGCGCAGAGAAGGGGGUUUUCUCAUCACUCAGCCCAUAUUUUACAUCAGCCCCCAUCUUCUUGCAUCAGCACCACCUGAAGGGGAAUAUACUGCGUUUUUUUGUUUUUUUUUUCUUUUACAGUCACUUUAAGGCAUUGUCCGAAAUCUGCAGCUCUCCUAAUGUUGUCCAAUCACAAAGCGCAUAAUUGCAAAAAAAACGCUAUACAGU